GAUGCCACCCUCACGAGAAAGAAGGUCAUUGCCACAGUGAGGUCCACAGACAUGGCCACGAGGAAGGAGAAGGUCACAGCCACACAAAGGAUGAUGACAAGGGAGAGAAGGUGGCUGCUACUCUCAUGGCCAUACACACAGCCGUGAGAAAGCCCCAAGCCCUUCCUACACAAAUCAUUGGCAUGGUCAUUGGCAUGAGAGCAGCUACAGAAGCAGCAGCCAUCUUCCACCAGCUCUGUGGGAAGUUAUCCCCAUGCACAAGGAGACACAUGUGGCUACUACCCAGCUCAGAGCAAUGUCAUGGUAUGGAUAGACAAGGACCAAAGGAUCCUGCAAGGAGAUGGACAUGCCUGACCUACCUGUGUCCUCCAUGCUUUCAACUCAGUUGUUUCAAACUUACCAUCUAUUUUAAAAAAUCAUUUACUUAUUUAAUGCUUCUAAAAGCCAACAAUUCAAAACGCUGCCUUGCACCUGCCACACAGGGCCAAGAGCGCUUCUGGGAGCAUUCCCAGCCCGGGUCAAGCAGGAGCACAACUGCGGGGAUGAGAGACUUGUUACCCAAAGGAUGUCCGGUGCCCCGAGAUCCUGCUCCGCGCCCACACACUCAGUCCAUCCCCGACAGCCAGGCUGGCCCCGGGGCUCACAGUUUCCCCCGCAGCUCUCCUGGUGCCGGCGGCUGCGCCCCCGUGCCCGCCCCGCGCCGAGCCCGCCUCCGCCUCCGCGGCCGCGCAAGCGCCGCGCCGAGCCGGGCAGAGCCCAGCCGGGCAGAGCCGAGCCGCGCUGAGCCGAGCCGGGCCAAGCCGGGCCGGGCCGGGCCGGGCCGGGCUGGACCGGGUAGAGCGGCGCCGAAUCGUGCAAAGCCGCGCAGCGCCGAGUCGAGCCGUGCAGAGCCGGGACGCGCCGGGGCGCUACCGCCGCCGCCUCUCCGGAGCGUUCAGCACCGCGGGCACGGACAGCGCCCGACGCCGCCGGCCAUGGAGGCCGCGCCCUCCCCACCGCCCCGGGAGCCGCGGCCCGAGGGGACCCGCUGCGGUCGCGACCCCGCCUCGCCCAGGGAAAAGCAAAAUGCAGGACCUUGCCAGACUUGCCUUGCCAUGCCAGAGAUCGGGAACGCUGAGCUCAGCUACAGUGGCACUUCCUGGGAAAAAAUCUGCCCAGUCCAUCACUGCCCCAUCCCUGCAUCCCCCAGGGCGGGGGAAGACAACUUGCCCUCCUCCAGCCACACGCUUGGGCCAGUCUCCACCCAGUCCAAUGGCCAGGUGCCAUCAAGCUCGCAGGACUCACAGCAGCACCACCCGUACUACCCCUGCAGCCAGGAGGAGUCCCAAGGCAGCUAUGGCCUGCCCUCGCUCCCUGGGCAUGGCGAGAGGCCCGUGCUGUGCUCCCACCUUUCCAGUGGGGAUCUUGUGCCAGCUUCCCACCGUGAGGCCUCGGAAACGCCCUGGAAGCAGUGGUCCCCUGGGCAGCGGCGGCCGGUGCAACAUCACGUUGUCACAGUCAGACAUGACAAAGCUUUCAGGACGCCAAAAAGUUACUCGCAGCUGAUCGCGGAGUGGCCGCUGGCCGUGCUGGUGCUGUGCUCUGUGGCGGCGGCGAUCUGCACCGCGGCUGGGCUGCUGGUUGGGAAUCUGCCUGACUUUUCAGAACCCCUAAUGGGUUUCGAGCCACGGGACACUGACAUUGGCAGGAAGCUCAUUGUGUGGAGGAAUAUUGAGAGCCAUACAGGCUACAAGAAGACCCUUUCCCUUUCUCCCUAUGCCAAGAAGAAAAGCUAUGAUGACCUUGGCAUUGGCAGAGGACAGAAGGCUGCUCAGGGAGAACAGGCAGCGAGGACACGGAGAAUGGUGGAAACCAUCUACGGAGCAGAUGGAUUCUUCUGUGGUCCACCAGAAAAGAGCUAUUCCCAGCUGGUAUUUAUGUCCACAACUGCUGGGAGCUUAUGGAACUUGCAAGCAAUUCAGUCUAUGUGUCAAAUGGAACAAGACAAGAUACGCUCACAUGUGCAUUUUAGAGACCUCUGCCAGCGCACUGAAGCCAACGAAUGCUGCCCGAGCUGGUCCCUGGGGAACUACAUUGCUGUCCUGUACAACCGGUCUUCGUGUCUGGAGAUAACCCAAGGAGACAUCUCCCACACUCUGGCCCUGCUCCGUGCCUGCGCUCCAGACUACCACCGAGGUGUCCUCACUCCGUCCUGCAUAGGUCCCGAGGCUGUCAGACAGAAACACUCUCAGUGCGCUCAAGUUCCAGAAAAAUGUACCCGCUUCAACGCCAUCUACCAGCUGCUUCACUUCCUGGUCGACAGGGAUUUUCUCAGUCCCCAGACGAUGGAGUACCAAGUGCCCUCUCUGAAAUACAGCCUGCUUUUCCUGCCUACGAGAAAAGGUGCAUCUAUGAUGGGGAUCUACUUAGACAACCUUGAAACCUGGGAUCUGUUUGAUAACUACACGUCUAUCACUGGAAUGGACCUGGGCCUUAAACAGAAACUAUUCCAACACUACCUUUUACUGGAUACUAAGUACCCAGUGCUGGCAAUAUUAGCUAUUUUUCUAAGCAUUUCUUUUUAUUUACGUUCAGUGUUUAUUACCCUGAUGGUCCUGCUCGCUGUUGUCAGUUCUUUGAUGAUCUCCUACUUCUUGUACAAGGUGGCCUUCAGAUUCACCUAUUUCCCUUUUGUAAACCUGACGGCAGUCAUCGUUCUCAGCAGCAUUUGUGCCAACCACACUUUUGUCUUCUUCGACCUGUGGAACCUCAGCAAGAGCCAGAACCCUUCUGCCGGGCUUGCUCAGUGGGUGAGUCAAACCAUGCACCAUUUUGCCUAUCUCAUGCUGGCCUCAUGCUUCACCACUGGUGCUGCCUUCUACGCCAGCUACAUCAGCAACAUCACGGCCAUCCGCUGCUUCGCCGUCUACAUGGGCACCUCGGUGCUGGUGAACCUGGUCUUCAUGAUGACCUGGCUGCCCUCUUCGGCCGCGCUGUACGAGCGCUACGUUGCAUCGACCUGCCUUUACAAGCCAGAAGCCUACUGGAACAACAGCAGCCACAAGAGGGUCGCUCUCUCCGUGCACUACGUCCUCCGGGCUCUCCAGAACACACUCUCGGAAACCUCCAAGUUGCUCUUUGAAAAGCUUCUGCCUUGUGGGGUCAUCAAGUUUCGGUACAUCUGGAUCUGCUGGUUUGCUGCCUUAGCCAUAGGAGGUGCCUACAUUUCCUGUUCCAACCCCAAACUCAAACUCCCGACUCUAGAGACAUCGUCCAUCCAAGUGUUCAGGCUGAGCCACCCCUUUGAGAGGUAUGACUCCGAGUACUGCCACCAGUUCAUGUUCGAGAGGCUGGAGCACGGAGAAGGGCAGCAUAUGCCUGUCACCAUAGUCUGGGGCAUUCUGCCCGUGGAUAAUGGGGACCAUUUCAAUCCAAAAAGCAAUGGCACCCUCGUGACAGACACCACCUUCACCAUCCAAACCCCUGAGGCCCAGAACUGGCUCCUCGAAUUCUGCCAAAAAGUGAGGAACAAAACUUUCUACUACCCUGAUACAGAACAGAAAUCUACUGUGUGCUUCAUGGAGGAGUUCCUCAGGUGGAUGGACAGUCGCCAGUGCUCCCAGCGAGACCACAGCUUCAACCUUUGCUGUAACCAGUUCUCCUUCCCUUACAGAAGCGAAGUCUUCCUGCACUGCAUCAAAAUGAUGCUCCUGGAAGAGGGCAGGGAAGGGGCAGAAACGUAUGAUCUGGGCCUCAGGUUUGACGGGGAGGGAAAUGUCGCAGCCUUAGUGCUGCAGUUUCAAACUAUUUAUCACUAUACCUUCAACUACAGCAGAGCCAAACAAUUCUAUGAGGAGAUCAGCCUCUGGAUAACAGAGGAAAUGAAAACUGCCCCUGUGGGGCUUCAGAAUGGAUGGUUUACCAGUAAAUUAGAGCUGUACAACCUCCAGCACAGUCUCAGCACAGAAACCAUGGUGGUCAUGGGGCUCUCCAUAGCCGUUUCCUUUGUGGUGCUGCUGCUCACGACCUGGAACGUUCUCCUCAGCGUUUUCUCCGUUACUGCCAUUGCAGGCACCGUCCUGGUAACUAUUGGCCUUUUGGUCCUCUUGGAGUGGCAGCUCAAUGCCGUGGAGUCUCUCUUCAUUUCAGCUGCAGUAGGUCUCUCUGUUGACUUCACUGUAAACUACUGCAUCUCCUACCACCUGUGCCCCCAUUCCGACCGCCUGAGCCGAGUGGCCUUUUCCCUGAAGCAGAUGAGCUGUGCCACAGCCAUGGCAGCUUCUGCUCUCUUCUCUGCAGGGAUCAUUAUGUUGCCUGCCACGGUCCUGGCGUACAGGAAGCUGGGGAUAUUCAUCAUGAUGAUCAAUUGUAUCAGCUGUGGGUUUGCCAGCCUCUUCUUCCAGUCACUCUGCUGCUUCUUUGGCCCAGAGAAGAACUGCGGGCAGAUCCUUUGGCCUUGUGCCCACACCAUGAAAGACUACUCCGAUGACUCCGGGCCGAACGGAAACUUUGCCUGUGGGGGCAGUGAGAAGCAAAACCGGUUGCGGAAGGUCCAGGAGUCCAACACUGCAAACGAGCAAUACGAGCUCCAACCCUUGUCCAGGAAACUCAGUGACAGUUUUGACAACAGCACUUCCACAAGCAAGCUGUCCAACCGACCCUCUGUGCUCUCUGAAGACAUACAAGUCGAAGACAGCAGAUGCCCUCGAGUGGGAACGCACCCCUCCCUGGAAAGAGAGAGACAAAGUCUGCAGGACACCCUCGGAGACCAGCAGGUCAGCCUGUGCCAGUGUCCCGCCUUGCAAACUUCCUCUCCUUACAAGCACAGCACCUCAGAGACAGAAAUCCACAGGGAGAGACUCUGCCGAGAUUGUCGUUGUCGAAAGUACGGUCUGAAGGCAUGGGAUGGGUCUGGGCUGGACCACAUCCAGCCAGCCAGCAUGAAAGAAGAAGGGCAGCUCAAUAAAUCCCAGUGCUCCAGUGACACUGCCCAGCAGCAGUCAGAUUAUACCUCAGACCACAGCCCUCUCCCUGCUGCUGACAUCUACAAAAUUCACAGAUGCCUUUGUUCUCUUGGCAGCUCUUUUGAUAUGCUCAACAUCUCCAGCGAGACAUCGAUCAGCGACUUCGAGCAAGGCCUGAAGCUCGCUGAAUCAGCCAGCUCCUGUCCCGAUGCCUUAGAGCUGUCUGACUCCUACAGCAACGUGGAGCGAGGUUACCUGAACGGCAAGAGAGAUACCCUGCGGCUGGACCUGAGGGAGACUGUCUUUGAUGUCUCUCCAGCUGCAUCGCAGCAGAACAGCUCUUCGUGGAAAAAUCGGUUUGGAUUGGGGAAUGAAGCGCCGGUCGUGCUGCCCAACAGCCAGCCAGACAUGCCUGAUGUUUGGAUCAAACGAUCCAGUGCACAAAGUUCCGGUUACAACAGCUGAGACCUUGCAGAGAGCAAAGCUGCUGCUAGGGAGAGGGGAAGCCUGAAUGUCCUUAGAGCUGUAAAUAUCAAUUUUUUCCUCCCACCUCUCCUAGAGCUGAGACUGAGACUAUAUCUUAAUAUUUCAGCUGUGCAAAACGUGUGUUUUCACAGGAAUCAGCAGAUCUGAUGCCAGUGAGAGGACGUGAGGGCCAUCGUGAUGGACUACGAGCCCUUUGACUCCAAGUGUCUGUUCACAGGACUUACCGAGCAAACCUGGUUUGUCAUUUCCUACAAGGUGAUUAGGUUUUGUCUGCUUGAGAGAAAUAAUGAGGUGAACCUCCCCAGGUACUUAACGACAGAGAGAGAGAGCUCAUGUAAAAAAAAAAAAAAAAGAAAAAAAAAAGAAAAAAGAAAAAAGAAAAAAAAAAAAUCCAAAACGGAACUACUGAAAAUCUAGGUAUCAAGUGAAGUGUAUUGUGAGUAAUAAAAAAUAAAUUAUUUCAUUUUCUACUUUAUGCAAAACCCAGAUCCACAGACCCCAUCAAAAUAGCUCAGAUAUUAAAAAAAGUCCUGUCAAGACUUCCGAGUUGACACAGCCUCUUCCUGACCAUGGAAGAGGCUGCAGAAUCCAGCCCAAAUCUAUUUCCAGCAACAACUGCAGUUUGUUUUAUCCAAAGGAAUUCUAAUACUGCCAAAGAUUUUCAGUGUGAAUUUCCCCCUUGAGAAAAGAGUCCUCGUCCCCCCAGACUCAGGUGCCUUGCUGUGUUCUCUUUACAGCAUGUUUGCACUCAAGGCAUUCCCCUCAAAUAUGAAACUUUUUAGAAUUCACAAAUCUGGUGAAUCUUGAAUUUUAGGAUUUUUCCCCCUCUACCAGAAACAAACAGGAAAACAAGCAUUUAUUUGCCCUUAUUUGUUGAAAAAA